AUGGAAGCACCAGAACAACCAGUUAUUCCUCGACAAGCGCCACGACCACUUACAACUGACGAAUCAAUACGCAGCCAUGUACGAAUGUUAAUGGAAGGUGAUCGACUUGGAACAGACGAGUUAUUUGGCGCACUGAACAAAUUCUUUGAUGAGCAAAAUUAUUCAUCAUCACAGCGAAUUACUUGCGCACAGAUGUUCUUAAACGACGAAGGAAAAGCCUGGUACGAACAAAAGAAAGUCGAAAUCAACGAUGAUUGGUCACUCUUUUGUGAGCGAUACAAGGGACAUUUACAAAGUUGCCGGCAAAGUAGUACACGCCCACGGAGUAAAAAGUUACCAACCAAUAAUGAAUCAUCAUACGCAUUGGAAGAGAUCAUCGAUGAACACUUCAACAAGUAUUCAGGUAUUGGUGACGCAAGAAGUUGGUUGUUGGAAACUAUGAAUCAAUUCAAAGUACAGCAAUUACGACGUGAUGACCAAUUCGCCGCGAUAUCGUUACUAUUGGAAGAAGAAGCCUAUUUAUGGUAUGUGGCCAACAUCGAAACGAUCCUGAAUUUUGAAAAAUUCACCAAAUUAUUUCUCGAACAAUAUGCAUCGACAACGACGUCAACGACAAAUCCUAUCAUGGGUACUGGCGCAUCAGCGUCUACUGUACCUGUUCAUUCACCUAUAUCGCAUCUACAACGAACGAUGGCUGAUGAGAUAAUCAAACGACCGACGUAUUUUCGUGGCUCACAAGAUGAUGUACAUGAUUGGUUAGAAAAAUUGGAACAACGAUUUACGAUGGCACACUGGGACGAUGAAAACAAGUUGCAGUACAUAUCGAUACAUCUACAAGAAGAUGCCUAUCGAUGGUGGGUGCAGACAUCUGUCACAAUCAAGACUUGGUCCUCGUUCACAGAUGCAGUAAUACGUGCCUUUGGCUCAACACGAGCACAAGAAUUGGCGUUUGAACAAUUAAAGUGGUACAAACAAACGAUCAAUCAGUCUAUUACUCAAUAUUACGACAAGGUUAUCGAAUUAUGCAAGAAAGUUGAUCCUACGAUGCCUGAUUCUUUGAAGUUAAAAUAUUUGUUGGCUGGAGUUAAGGAGUCAUUGAAAACACAUGUUGCGUUACAAGAUCCAAAAUCAACCGAAGCAUUUUUAUCAUCGGCACGCAAAAUUGAAGAUAUUUUCGCACUCAAACAAGCAGAUCUUGACACCGUCGCAACAGACACUUACUUGAAUUCAGCUGCUUAUCAAAGUCAACCAAAUCAAACGAACUUUACACCAACGUCGAACAAUAAUUUCUAUCGAGGUAAUCCCAAGGGGGAAACGGCACUCCAGGAUCCCAAUACUCCGGUACUCCAAAUGCUACUCCGAUACUCCCAACGAACUUCUGUUACAAUUUUGGAGUUUGCUGUUUCCCCCUUGGGUAAUCCUCGACAUCCAACGACAACAAAUAAUCGUCCGGUGUAUAAUCGAAACACAUCAAGUGCAUACAAUGGUAACCGGCAAAGCAAACCUUCGAAGUAUACAAGGUCAACACGACGGUCGAAUGCAUGUUUUAAUUGCGCACCGGUCGAUGGUGUUGCUUCCACGAAUUUAUAUAGCAAUCCAUCGACGUUAAACACAUCAUUGCUUUACCUUGAUGUUCUUGUAAAUAAUAAACAAAUGAAAGCAAUGAUUGAUACUGGCGCAAACCGAACAUUUAUUUCAUUACAAGCACUACCUAGACCACACACUCAACAAUUUAUCGAUAAACAACAGAGAAGUGCAUCUCUAGCUGACGGACACACAUCACUUUCUAUUUUAGGCACAUUAGAAUUAUGCAUUGAUAUCGGUGACAUGUCAACAAUUAUCAAAGGAUAUGUUGUGAAGGAAUUAUGUGCCGAAUGCAUAUUAGGAAUGGAUUUCAUUAGUAAAUAUAAACUCAUUAUCAAUGCAGAUGAACGAACAGUGACAAUGCGUGAUGAUGAUAGAUGCAUUACAACGACAUUCGAUGUUAAUCAACGCAAGAUUCGUUAUCCAGCACGAACAAUUCGUCAGGUCUAUGUUCUACCGGAACGAACAGUCUCAAUACCAGUCAACGUGAAAAUAUCGUCGGCCAAAGUUCCAUUUCGGCCAUCCUUUCGAUUGGCGCGACAAUCACCAAUGAUAUUGUUAAACAACAUGGUCGUGGUGAAUUACCAAAAGUCCCACAUUUCGCUUUACAACCCGACUAAAUAUUCGUACACAAUACCAGAGGGCAUCGUAAUAGGAACGACCACAGUACCAACAUUAUCUUUCAACAAAUGUCUAUCGAUCGAUCAGGAAUUAGUCAACGGAUAUAUUACAAAGUUGACUCGACACGUCGUAGAUCCGAAACAAGCAGAUGAAAUUACGAAUAUUCUUCACCACCAUGAGAAACUCUUCGACACAAGCAAACCUGCGAUUGCUGUUAAUGUCAAACCACAUGAAAUCAAGACACUUGAUUAUCCUCCACCGACGUCGAGACCGUACUAUUCAACGCCACAAAAAGAAGAAGAAAUGUACAACAUCGUUCAAGAUCUUCUACAACAUGGUCUCAUUCGCAAGUCAUAUUCUCCAUUUGCAGCACCAGCAUUACUGGUCGCAAAACACGAUGGAUCAUGGCGAAUGGUGGUUGAUUACAAGAAAUUGAACAACAUGACAAUCAAAGACAACCAUCCGUUACCGAACAUGGAACAAACAAUAAGACGAUUAGGCGGUGGAUACAAAUUCUUCUCCAAAUUAGAUAUGAAGAGUGGAUUUUGGCAAAUCCCAAUCAAGGAAGAAGACAAGCACAAGACAGCAUUUAUCACAGCUGAAGGGUUAUACGANUCGAAUAUAAAUUUUUCAUUCUUAUACUUUACACCUUACUAUAUAGGUCUAAAAUACUCUCAUAGAGGCGGACAGAUGCUCGAAUCAUUCUUCAAAAUUUUUCUUUCGGUAUCAACUGUGGAUGUAAUUCAAUUGGUCACAGUCAUGAAUCUGAAGAUAAUGUCGUUCAACAUUGCUGCUUGUCGUGAACUAUUUCGUGGCAGCGUGAGUGUAGCACGCACGAUUAUGCACGAGCAACCAGACUUGGUCGCUCUGCAAGAAGUUGAUAGAUUUACACGUCGAUCAGGUACCGAAAUCGAUCAGUCAUCAGAACUUGCCUGUUACGCACAGUUUCCUCAUGUAUUUUACAUUCCUUCGAUGAACUUCGACGGAGGACAGUAUGGAAAUGCUAUUCUAUCACAGCGUCCUUUCGACACGGUUGCUCUGGUACAGCUCGAUGGACGUGGUCAAGGUGAAACACGAUCGAUGGGGGUUGUUUCCGUGAAGAUAGAUGCUAAUCAACAAGUGUUCUUCGCUGUUAUACAUCUUGAACAUGAAGUGGUGAGUCUUCGAGAAAAACAAGUGAAAGAUGCGAUUGAGUUCUAUCGAAAAAAUCACUUUCAAAAUCAACCAUUCAUUCUGGCUGGUGAUUUCAACGACGAACCAAAUAGUCAGACAGUUCAGUUUCUUCUGACAGAAGGAGGCUUCCAAUUACCGCGUGACCAAUGCCCAAAAACAUAUCCAGCUGAUAAUCCUGUAAUGACAAUUGAUUACAUCUUUAUGAAUGAGAAAGCGGCAGAAAUGUUUGAAGUGAAGACUUAUCGAACAUCAACCGUGAAUAUAUCAUCAGAUCAUGUACCAGUCAUUUUGGAACUGAAAAAGAAGUGA